GACACUUCAUACAUUCAUACUCCACUCAUUUACUUUCUCCUCCUCUCUUCUUCCUCUCUCUUUGUGAGAAUGGUGAAGCAUAAGAGAGCUCCGUCUGGCCGUACAAAUCUGGCAUCAUGUGUUGUAGCAACAAUUUUCUUGAUCUUUCUAGUAAUUGUUCUUCUCAUAGUCUACUUCACCGUCUUCAAGCCUAAAGAACCCAAAAUCUCCGUUAACGCCGUCCAACUCCCCUCAUUCUCCGUCUCCAACAAAACCGUUAACUUCACUUUCUCCCAAUACGUCUCCGUCAAAAACCCCAACCGCGCCGCUUUCUCCCACUACGACAGCUCCCUUCAGCUCCUCUAUUCGGGCUCUCAAGUCGGAUUCAUGUUCAUACCCGCCGGCAAGAUUGAAGCCGGUCGGACCUCCUUAAUGGCUGCCACUUUCUCCGUCCAGUCAUUCCCUCUUUCCACCUCAUCCUCCGCCGAUGCUGCCGCCUCAGUGACUGUAAAUCCGGUGCCCAAUUUCCAAGACGGGUUCGGAGCUGGGAUUAACGGGUACAGAUUAGGACCCAGCAUGGAGAUUGAAUCCAGGUUGGAAAUGGCAGGUCGGGUUCGGGUCCUACACUUCUUCACGCACCAUGUGAAAGCCAAUACUGGAUGUAGGGUCGCCAUUGCUAUGAGCGAUGGAUCUGUUCUUGGCGUCCACUGCUGAUAAAUAGUAAUUAAAUCUUAUUUUUGGCUUCAAAGUUUUAACUUUUUUUGGGUAAUUAUAGUUUUUUAUAGUCUGGGUUUUCAAUAUUUUAACCAAAAUUGUUGAAUCAAGUGUAAAAAUGGGUUGUUGAAGCAGAUUUAGUUUAGACAUUGUGAAUUUAGUUUCUGGUAGUUAUGGGAUUUGCAUGUUGUCAUGUUGAUGAUCUAAUCAUAUUAAUUUCUGGAUUAGAGAGACUGA